GGUAUAUUGUAACGGUUUUCAGCCCGCACUCGUUGCGGCAACCAGUUUCUGCAAGCGUGCUGCCAUACCUUUUCGUGUGUAUCGGCCGUGGCACCUCCUUCCAAGUACAUACUGCAACUCUACCGUUAAAACCACUUGAGAUGAGAGACAUCGAGCCGCAAGGCGGGGGGCUGGAAGCGCCGCUUCUGCAGCCCGCCACGUCGGCCACGUCCUCCGCGGAUUUCCGGCACAGCGUAUGCACGACCCCGCUCAAAAGCAAUUUCUGGGACUGCACCACGAACCUGACGAAGGUCAUUCUCGGAGCGGGCAUCAUGGCUCUCCCUCGUGCCGUGGCGCUGUUGGGCUGUGGGCUGGGCAUCUCGCUGCUUGUACUCGUGGGGUUACUCACACACUUCACAGUGCAUGGCAUGGUAUUUGCCUCGGAGCGGUGUCGCCGUGACACGUACUCCACGCUUGUUCGAACCGCGCUUGGAGCAUUCCCAGAGAAAGUAAUGCAGACUACUAUGCUAAUGGGUUGCCUGGGCUUCGAGGUGGUCUACAUUGACAUCAUCGGUGACCUGCUGCUCGGCGAUGCCCCCACCUAUGACGGCCUCAUCACCACCUGGCUGUCCCAGGAGGACAGGCAGCAGUGGUGGGUUGGGCGGCAGGUGGUGCUGGCGGCGCUGACGGUCGUGGUGCUAGCACCGCUGUCCUCGUUCCGCACAAUGGGCCACUUGGGCGCCAUCAACCGGGUGGGCCUCGCCUCGCUGGCGGGCUUUGCAGGCGUUACCAUUUGGCUGGCUGUAGCUGCCAUCACCUCGGGCCGCGCCCACGCGCUGCCCCUAGGCCCCGACCUGCCGACACUUGGUGGCUGCACGGCACAGCGGAUUACUGGCGUGCUGGCAGUGGUACCCAUCCUACUCACUGCGGCCUCCUGCCACCAGUCGGUGCACCCGCUGCGGGCGAUGCUGGUGCCGUACAGCCGGCCCCUCCUGGACAAGGUGGUGGCUACCUCCCUCACCCUGGUCACUGUGCUCUUCUCGGUGGUGUGUCUGUCUGCCUACACGGCGUUCGGCCCCAACGUGCGCGGCAACUUCCUCAACAACCUGUCGCCUGCCGAGCUGGCGCCGCUCAUUGGCACCACCGCCGCCAAUGUUGUGUCGCUGGCCAUCAAGGCCGGCUACGCUGUAUCGCUUGUGGGCUCGGCCAUUCUCAUCAUGUUCCCCCUCAGGCAAUCGCUGCUGGAGCUGCUGGUGCCGAAAGCCGUGUCGCACGGGGCAAAGCCCGUGUCCAUGUGGCUUUUCCUGCCGUGCACGUACUUCCUGCUUGCUGGGUCGUACGUCAUCGCCGUGUAUGUGCCGUCCAUCUGGGACGUCAUCUCCUUCGUCGGCUCUGUGGGGUGUACCAUCGUGGGCUUCAUGAUCCCUGCGGCACUGCUGCUCAAGUACCAGAACCGGCCCACGCUGACCAGCCGCGUGCAGCGCUUCACCGCCGCACUCGUGUUCCUGCUGGGUCUGGGUCUCUUCCUCAACGUCUUCGUCGGCCUGUACCUGCGCAUCACGCAGCCCCAGCCCAGCACCGACCCGUCGUCCUCGGCGGCAGGCGGCGGUCAGGGACUGGACCAGCCGCUGCCGCUGCAUGACUGGGUGUGGCGUGCGGCGGCGCGCGCGGCGGGCCCGGGCUCGGAUGGCAGCCUAAGGGAGGUGCUGCAAUGGGCUGGCUGGGGAGCGUAAUAAGCUAAGGCAAAGCUGUGAGCUGAUGAAAGCUGUGGCGGGGUUGUGGUGCUGGCGCGCUGGACAAGGGGGGUGAUCACGAGUCGUGCGGUCAUUGCGGUGUCCUUGCAGGCGGGUGCACAUGGAUUGCACAUGAGGCUAUGUAUUCAGACAUAUGGAGGCGGGCUUACAAGAGGGAACGUUCCGAGCGCGUAAGAUGAGAGCUGCGUUGGAGAUAGCAGGCUUGCUCAGGUGGCCGGUUUUACCGCAGGCACCGAAAGCACAGGAUUUGAAACGUGCGUUUACUAGCGUCGACCACGACCAUGAGGUAGUAACAGCAGGACCAAGGGUGUUGUGUCAAUUCUCAAGGCAAUACGGUACUGCGGCGACAGUGUACGCGGUGACGCCAGGUGACGCCAUCGCCGCACUCCAUUUUUUGUAUUUGUGUGGCAUGGUAGGUAGAAAACGCUGAGAAGAAGGCAGUUGCGCUGGCCAGUGCCAAGAAGUGGCAGCAAUGCUUGCAGAGCAAGUAAGGAUGAGCACACGCUCAAGCACCUAUGCCCAAACUGCCACCGCGGCAUGUAUGCGACCAUGAGCACACCUCUGACCGCAAGUGGCGAAGGUCUGUGCGCGUUCGGUGGUACGUGGGAGACAGCAGGACGGACGUUCCGCUUUGAUGGAUGGGAGGAGGGGACGGAUGGAUGGGGUAGGCAAAGACAGAUGAGCCAGUGCGGACUGUUGCAGGGAGAGUUUGGACGUGCUGUCCGGAGCACUGGAGCAGAGAAGCCAGCGGUCAGAGGUCUCAAACCGUGAACGGCAAUGGGGGGGUUCUGUGCGCUGUUCGGUGGUACAUGGGAGACAGGAAGGACGUUAUGGGAGAUGGGCUUGGGCAUGUGGUGCAAAUACUUGUAGUAACAAAAGCUACAAACAUAAAUAUCAUGCGACUGCCUGAACACCGACUCCUGGAUUCAAUGCAUGGGGGUUGUGUUUGACACGCCGAGUGUUCUCCGUCAAUACCGAACCCAGUCAAGUUCAGACGCUUCGUUCAGGACCGACAAACCCAUGGCUCAGGCCCGUUUGUCAAGAGUGCAGCAGGGACAGAUCCUGCCAAUGUGCUGAGUAGAAUAGGUUGAAUGUGCAUCAAGCGGAUUAGCGGCCACACGGCGCCUAGCUUCGCCAACCGAAGCUACAUGACAGGGCGCAUCGGCUGCUGACAAAUGGAUGAUUGGGAUCCCGCGGGUCGAUGAUUAGGAUCCGACUAGGCGCUGACAAGGAUGUAAGUUGGAUCUAAGUUCGUUUGGGCAUAAGUUGGUGACGAUUACGUAAUGUGACGCGGAUCCUGCCAGGACUCGCCAUGGCGAAGGGCGGUCCAAAGACAUGUGUCAGUUACGUGUAGUUUCAGCCGUACGGCAGUGCAUGGGCACUGGGGUACUUAAGCCGUUCGAGUGGCACUAAAUAAUACUCCGGGUGCUCCGUUCAGAUCGGGCCUUUCCCGUGUCAGUUGGGUUCCGCGUGUAAUUGUGGCGUGUC